GCAUCUGCGUCGCCGUCGCCCGGGCAGCUGGAAACGUCAAGAAAUCCAUUUCGAGCUAUGCCGAGUGCAUCAGACCGCGGCCGCGACAACAUGUUGGCACCUGGAACUUCUGCACGUAGGCUUGGUACACAAUGUCGUCGCGAGUUCCGUCAUCCUGGUCGAUGAUCUUCACAAACACUUUGAACGCAAGGCGCGACCGUGCGUGUUUCUUGGCGUGGAUUGCCCACUCAAGCUCGGCCAGAGCAGGAUCUCCCGUGCCGCCCCCAUCGCUCGGCGCCAUGUCGCGCUAUUUAUAGCAGCUGGCUGGGACGCCAUCGUGCACGGCUCUCUCGGCCACAUCUGCAAAGCGCCGGGACACGUCGUUUAAAACUCGUGAUGGAAUACACCAAGAGCUCUUACAAUGGCCCGACCACGUUUGGAAGGUUGAAUGGCCAGGGCGUGUACUCAUUUGGCGAUGGAUCCCGAUACGAAGGCGAGUUCCAAAACGGCCAGUUCCACGGGACCGGCACGUUGUACUUUGCAGAGGGCAAGUACGAAGGAACAUGGCGCGAUGGAAAGCGCGUCGACGGCAAGUUUACGUUUGCCGAUGGCCUCGGGUACGACGAGCCGUGGACGUACAUGAACGAUGGAGACCGCCGAUUCCAUUCGGAAAAGAUGGCGCACGUGAAAGCGACCAACGAAACCAAGGCGGGAUGGGGCAUCCUUCCGGCCGGCGAGACAGCGCACUGCGACGAGGGCUUGCAAAAGUCGCUCCCGAUGGGGUACUACGACGCCGGCAACGGCUUGUACGACGAGCUGACCAACACAAUCAUGGCUGUCAACACCAACGACACAACGACUAUGCCUCGGGAAGCGACGGCGGACGAGGCGCGGUGGAUCAAGGCCCAGGCGGCCAAGGGGUUUCCGCAAAAGAACCAAGGAUAACACUACACGUGCGAUCUCACGUUUCGAUUGAG